AUGACUACUUCAGCUCCCGCAGCAGUUACUGAUUCUAUCGACCAAUUGGAGGACUCAGGGGCUAGUAACGAAACAGAUUCGGGUGAUGAAAGCCCAAUUGGGGUUACUGAAAUUGACCAGGCAACCAUUACCGAAUCCGAAAGAAAAAAAAAUUCAGAAUUUUUUUGUGGUAGGGGUUCUAAAACACCUGAAAGAUACAUGAAAAUUAGGAAUUUCAUUCUUAAUGCGUGGAAUAGCAAUAAACCAAAAUAUGUAUCCAAGACAAGCGUCAGAUCAGGGCUCAAGGAUUGUGGGGACGUGAAUGCUAUCGGUCGUGUUCAUUCAUAUUUAGAAUUAAUAGGCGCAAUUAAUGUUGGCGAUGAUCUAGUAAAGAGAAAGCAACGAACUUUCAAGCCAAAAGUACUUUAUGACGCGGGUAAAAGUGCUAGCGUAAUUAAAAAAAGAAAAGGGAAGGCUGCGUUAGCGGAUGAAAAUUGGACUCUUCACGGACGAGGUAAAAAGAGUCGUAAUGAAGAAAGAGAAAGUCCAAAUGAAUACGACGAUGAUGGAGAGGAAGGGGCUCCAGACGACAGUCAAAUACGCAGAAGCAAGCGAAAUCGUACCAGUACAAAAGGAGGCCCAUACGACAUGGUCGGUUCCUAUGAUCCUUUCAGAUUGGUACCACCACUUAAUUAUACGUCAAGAAAUCCAGCGCCAUUUCGUGUAUCGGUUACAGCAAAUGUCAUGCUUGUAAUGGAUUUUCAUGCUCAUUUGGCUCAUACGGAAAUCAUCGGUUUACUCGGUGGACAUUUUCAUCCAGAUAGUGAAAGCAUGGAAGUGACAUACGUAUUUCCAUGCAGAAGUGCUAGCACUGGAUUUCAGUGCGAAAUGGAUCCAGCAUCUGAAGUUGCUGCAAGGGAAGUUUUCGCUGAAAAAGGUCUUCAAUUUGUUGGAUGGUAUCAUUCACAUCCGACAUUUGAACCUCAACCUUCUGUUCGUGAUAUUGAAAACCAAACGCAGUAUCAGGAAAUGUGGCGACGUGAAGAUGGUGUGGAACCUUUUAUUGGCGUUAUUGUGACGCCGUAUGAUGCUGGACACGAAUCUAAUGUAUCCAGAUUUCAAUUCUGGGUGAGCGGAACAAACUAUGACCUUUCGGGGCAAUUUAGAACACCUUAUUCAUGCCAACAUUCGGUAUCACCAAGUGCAAGUUUACCCGAGGAAAUGUUUACACAAUUAUCUGAGCUGAUCGAGGAAUACCAAAAUUAUGAUCAGCGAGUUGACAUGACCGAAUCCUUUAGAAAUGAGGACGAUGUCUCGCGCCUUGAUAAAAUGCUAGAAUCGUUAUCAUCGCAUAUAUCUGUUGCUUCUUCCGCAGCCGAGAGUUUUAUUUCUCGGGAAGGUUUACCAACGGAUGUAGCAAGUAUUCUUCCUUUAAUGCUCCAAGCUCAAGAUCUUAUCAGUAAACUCGAAAGUCGUGUAUUUGAACUGGAAAAUGACCUUGAGACCAUAAAUGAAGCUCAUGAACAUGAACGAGAUCAAUUACUCCAAGAAAUUGGCGAAAAAGAUGAAUACAUUCAUAACUUAAAAACCAAAGCUAGUCGCCUUGAGUUUGGAGCUAGGGAGGCCAUAAUUGUUUUAUCAAGAACUGUAGAGAUGCUUAAAGCACAAAGCCUUGAAGACGAAGAAGAGGUUAGCAAGGACGAUGACGAUAAUGCCACAGCAGUAGAAUCAACUGAUUUGGAAGGACAAUUCCUAGAUAGUAUUAAAUUAUGUUUAAAUUAUUUAAAAUGUACCCAAAAUAAUCAACAAGCACCAAAAUAUUCCAAAAAAUCGUUACCAUCAGUACGGCGUGAUUCAAAACUUCAACCAUCUAAUGAUGAUGGAUAUGAAUCUGAUCACAGAGUUGAAAUUGUUCCUCCUCAACAUGAUCCUCUACCUAAUAACAUUGUAUCUAAUCACCUUGUACCUAAUCACGAUGUGCAAAAAGAGGAGGUGAAUGACGAUUCCGUAGAAAAUGAUGUAAAUAAUAACCUUUUGAUCCCUCAUAGUAGUUCAAGAAGGGAAUCUUUUAGUAGCAGCCAAAUUUCGCUGGACGAUAUGCCAGAUCUUGAUGAAUAUGAUUUAGAUGGUUCAGAAGAUAUUGCAGAUUUUGAUAUUCCCAUAAGGUCAAUUGACAGUGCGCUCGAAGAAGAGGAGCGAGUACGACGCGAAGAACAUCUAAUCAAAUUUAAUAAUCACGAAACAAAUACUUUUCAUAAGAGAUUUGAAGAAAUCGAAGAUGAAAGUACAGAUGGUGAUUAUUCAGAUGAUGAUGACGAAGAUCAACAUCACCUUAUCCAUGACAGCUUGCCAUCUCCAGGCCCAGUACCUGACGUUCUACAAAAUACAAACGCCUGUCCCAAUUGUAAUAUGUUGCUUGCUCAAGUUGAUCAACAUGUUGAAGAACGUGCCUAUCUUAAGCGUGAUCUUUCUGCGUUAGCAUUAUCUCUUGCGGAAGAACAAACUCUUCGUUCUCAAAUUCAAGCUAGUAAAGAAAGCUUGGAACAAGAAAUAGAUGACUGGAUAAACGCUAUGUUUGAGAAAGUUAAUCAGAUGGUAUUUGACGAAGCCAAUACACGUGAAGAAUUGGAAUGCUUGAACAGAGAGACUAAAGGAAAAAUGGAUAAUUCAUUGAAAUCAUCAGAAAGUAGACAAGAUCGAUUAAGAGAAAUGAAAUUGUUGUUAGUCCAUUUAGAUUCUACAAAACAGAGACAGACGGCACCAACACAAAAUGGAGCACCAUUAAACAGAAAUUCUAUUGUCCGUCGAAGUUUAUUAUCUAAUUCUACUACAAAUAGUCCAAGAGCAAGUAGGAUAUUCGGUCAUAUGUCACCUAAUAUAUUUUCGAGCCAAUUUUCUGAUGAAAUAUCGUUUUCUCGAGGCAAACGUAUCUACAUUGACAGUAUAGUUUAUGAGGAAUUUCAAGAAUAUGUAAAAUUACUUACAAAUUCUCCUACGCCCAUUAAUUCUAAUCCUACACAUCCAUUCAUGAAGCGUUGCAUGAAUGAAGAUAUCCAACCGUGCUUAUUUGAAGGACAUACAGGAUGGAAAUCACCAUUUUAUAAAAGACGUUUAUUAGAUGCUAUUAUGAAAAAUCAAUGUGAAAUUCAAAAAAUACAUUAUAAUUAUUCAAGCUCUGUUCAUAGUACACCUAAUAACAGCCAAAUUAGCAAUUCAACAUCGAACACACGACAGAGCAAUUAUAAUGAACCACCACCAGCACCGAAACUUAAAUGUGGUCUUUGUGGUCAUCUUAGAAGUUGUGAUUUCCGCAUGCGAAUUUCUGGAGCAGAUGUUGCAGUACCACCAUUGACAACCAUGACCUCAUCAUCACGUUUUUCAAGCAUAGGAAGUCCAGGAUGGAUUCCGCUUGAUAGAUUCUGUCGAGAUCGUAUCGUUGCUGUGUGUGAUUUCUAUACCUAUAUUUCACAUUUACGUAAAGGAUUACUUGCCAAUUCACCAGUGUGGGGAAUGUAUAAGCAAUGUCUCAAGUAUCGCAGAAAGAUGAGUAUGGCACGCGUUAGUAGUGUGAGUAUGUUUGAAGAGGAAGAUGCUAUUAUUAAUGAUUAUUUAAGCAAUUCUGAAAUGGAAGGAAUGGUCGUGCUUGUGAAUUAA